AGAAAAUAACAAAAUUGUGGACACGCGCACAAGUUAGGGUUUCGGCCUGAAAAUCAAACACAGUUACACUUCCCCGCGUGUUCACCGUUAGAUUCAAACUUCGCCGGUAGCAGCACUCGCCCAAGCUCGAAGGAAAUGGAGAACGAGAAGAAGGAAUCACCGUCGUUGGGAAAGCGAAGAGAACCCGAACUACCAGUUACAGUCCCAGAAACGGCAUCGAAGCCGAAACGAGCUCGCAGCGCUGAGCGCACGUGCGUGCACGAGGUCGCCGUUCCGAGCGGUUAUGUCUCAAGCAAGGACUCCGAGCUCAACGGAACUCUCUCGAAUCCUCUCCACAAGGGUCCCAUGGCGAAGUCGUAUCCCUUCACACUCGACCCCUUCCAACAGGUCUCCAUCGCGUGUUUGGAGCGCAACGAGUCCGUUCUCGUCUCCGCCCACACCUCUGCUGGCAAAACCGCCGUCGCCGAAUACGCCAUUGCCAUGUCCUUCCGCGACCGGCAGCGUGUCAUCUACACGUCUCCGCUCAAGGCCCUCAGCAACCAGAAGUAUCGUGAGCUCAGCCAGGAGUUCACCGACGUCGGCCUCAUGACUGGCGACGUCACGCUCUCGCCGAACGCCACGUGUCUCGUCAUGACCACCGAGAUUCUCCGCGGGAUGCUCUACCGAGGUUCCGAAGUCCUGAAAGAAGUGGCGUGGGUUAUAUUCGAUGAAAUUCACUACAUGAAGGAUCGAGAACGAGGCGUUGUAUGGGAAGAGAGUAUAAUUUUUCUGCCUCCGGCGAUUAAGAUGGUGUUUCUCUCCGCAACUAUGUCUAAUGCGACGGAAUUUGCUGAGUGGAUUUGUAAUAUCCACAAGCAGCCUUGUCACGUUGUGUACACUGAUUUUAGGCCUACGCCGCUGCAACACUAUGCGUUUCCCAUCGGAGGGAGUGGGCUGUAUUUGGUUGUAGAUGAGAAUGAACAGUUCAGGGAGGACAAUUUUCUGAAGCUGCAUGAUACUUUCGGGAAGCAGAAUUCGGCUGAAGGGAGGAGAGGAGGGAAAGGCGGUGGAAGAGGUGGGAAAGGUGGCAAUACUUCUGGUGGUUCUGACAUUUACAAGAUUGUUAAGAUGAUAAUGGAACGGAAAUUCCAACCUGUUAUCAUCUUUAGCUUCAGUAGAAGAGAGUGUGAACAACAUGCAAUGUCUAUGUCCAAGCUUGACUUCAACACCCCAGAAGAAAAGGAAACAGUGGAGCAAGUUUUUCGAAAUGCAGUGCUAUGUUUGAAUGAGGAAGACAGGUGCUUACCUGCUAUUGAGCUGAUGUUGCCUCUUCUUCAGCGAGGGAUUGCUGUCCAUCAUUCUGGACUUCUUCCUGUUAUCAAAGAAUUGGUUGAGCUUCUUUUCCAGGAAGGUCUUGUCAAAGCCCUAUUUGCUACUGAAACUUUUGCCAUGGGUUUGAAUAUGCCAGCAAAAACAGUAGUAUUCACUGCUGUUAAGAAGUGGGAUGGUGAUAGUCACCGAUAUAUUGGAUCUGGUGAAUAUAUACAGAUGAGUGGAAGGGCUGGGCGUCGAGGCAAAGAUGAGCGGGGAAUCUGUAUCAUAAUGAUUGAUGAACAGAUGGAAAUGAAUAACCUCAAAGACAUGGUUUUGGGUAAACCUGCUCCUUUAGUUAGUACUUUCAGGCUUAGCUAUUACUCAAUUUUAAAUUUGAUGAGCCGUGCUGAGGGUCAGUUCACUGCUGAACACGUAAUACGAAAUUCAUUUCACCAAUUUCAGUAUGAAAAGGCCUUACCAGAUAUAGAGAAAAGGGUGUCAAAGCUGGAGCAGGAGGUAAACUUGCUUGAUGCUUCAGGGGAGGCUGAAGUGUCUGAGUAUCAUAAGCUAAAAUUGGAAAUAGCACAGCUGGAGAAGAAGAUGAUGACAAAAAUAAUUAGGCCAGAAAUAAUCCUUUAUUUUCUUGUCCCUGGUCGAUUGGUCAAAAUCAGAGAAGGUGGAACUGAUUGGGGCUGGGGUGUUGUAGUCAAUGUUGUUAAAAAACCUUCUGGUGGUGGUUAUAUAGUUGAUACUUUACUUCAUUGUUCACCUUGUUCAACUGAAAACAAUUCACGGCCAAAACCAUGUCCACCUCGUCCCGGAGAGAAAGGUGAAAUGCAUGUGGUCCCUGUUCAAUUACCAUUAAUAUCCACUCUUGGUAAACUGAGGGUAUCUAUACCUUCUGAUCUUCGACCCUUGGAAGCAAGGCAGAGUGUACUGCUUGCUGUACAGGAGCUUGUCAAUCGUUUUCCGGGAGGUCUUCCAAAGCUUAACCCUGUAAAGGACAUGGACGUACGUGACUCAGAGAUAGUUGAACUAGUUAAUCAAAUAGAGGAAAUUGAGAAGAAAAUGUUUGCUCAUCCUAUGCAUAAGCGCCAAGAUGUGGAUCAAAUUAAAUGCUUUGAGAGGAAAGCAGAAGUGAAUCAUGAAAUUCAGCAACUGAGGACAAAAAUGCGGGAUUCUCAGCUACAAAAAUUUCGUGAAGAAUUAAAGAAUCGCUCCCGAGUCUUAAAGAAGCUUGGUCAUAUUGAUGGUGAUGGUGUAGUACAGUUGAAGGGACGGGCAGCCUGCUUGGUUGACACGGGGGAUGAACUCCUUGUUACUGAAUUGAUGUUUAAUGGUACUUUUAAUGACCUUGACCACCAUCAAGUUGCUGCUCUUGCAAGUUGUUUCAUCCCAGGAGAUAAAUCAAAUGAGCAGAUACAACUAAGAACAGAGCUUGCUAGGCCCUUGCAACAACUUCAAGAUAGUGCAAGAAGGAUAGCAGAAAUUCAACAUGAAUGCAAAUUGGAUAUAAAUGUGGAUGAGUAUGUUGAAUCAACAGUAAGGCCAUACUUGAUGGAUGUAAUAUACUCGUGGUCAAAGGGAGUAAAUUUUGCCGAUAUUAUACAAAUGACUGACAUCUUUGAGGGAAGUAUCAUUCGGAGUGCUAGAAGGCUUGAUGAGUUUUUGAACCAGUUGCGUGCUGCUGCAAAUGCAGUUGGAGAGGCUGACUUGGAGAAGAAAUUUGCAGCUGCAAGUGAAAGCCUUCGAAGAGGCAUUAUGUUUGCAAAUUCUCUGUAUUUAUGACGUCGUUUUCCUAUAGGCCAUUCGUUCUAUUCAUGGUUAUUCCGGCUGGCAGAAAGUUUACUUUCAAAUUCAACCUUGGGGGUGUACCCACUUUCUCUUGUAAGCCUUUUUGUGUAAAUAUUUCAUUAAACUAUUAGGGCAUGUUGUAAGGUUAGAUUGUGACCAAUAGUGAAGGUAGUCAAUAUAGAAUGAUAUAAAAAUCUGAUCUUUGGAAAACAUCCUGUCAAUGGGUGUGCUAUGAUAUGACAAACAUUUGGUCCAUUUAUUUCAGAGUAUUGCCUUCAGAACCCCUUGCCUGCCUUGGGGCUUGGGGAGUGAGGUGCUGAAGAUAUUUACCUGUAAUUGCGGAAUUUUUUUCAAUAUAAAUUUUGAUCGACAGUUCAUUAUUUUACGUUUA